AUGGCAUGGAUGUUGGACGGCAACAGUUCGGUGUGUAUGGGCUGUGGGCAGCCGAUUUACGACGAUCAUCUUGUGCAAGCUCUGAACGGCGACUGGCAUUCAGCUUGCUUCAGGUGUUCAGAGUGCCAUUGUAAGUUGUUUGAUUGGUACUUUGAGAAAGAAGGGGUGUUAUUUUGUCAGACAGAUUACUGGUCAAAGUACGGCUCGGCUUGUCAUGGAUGUGUUCAGUUAAUAACAGGACCUGUAAUGGUAGCAGGUGAUCAUCGUUAUCAUCCAGAGUGUUUUGUUUGUGUUAACUGCAAUAUUUACAUUGGGGAUGGAGAAAGCUAUGCUUUAGUGGAAAGAUCCAAACUAUACUGUGGUAGAUGCUAUCAACAAGUUGUUGUACCCCUAGUCCUGAGUAUACCGAAUUCGAAGACUCCACAUACUGUUCAGCUGCUAACCAUACCGCCCACUCCAGAGGGACGCAGUUGUUUGACGCUUUCAUUCGAGAGACACGUCAGUAAUUUUAUCAGUACCGAAAAUGAUGAUAUACAAAGGAAAGAAAGUUUAUGUGUUACAAACGUUACACAAGCGCCUGGCGGUAUCUCACUCUCUGUGGGCGACAGAAUACUUGAAGUCAAUGGAACACCCAUCAAAGGUCAAAGUUCAACAGAGAUUGACCAAAUUUUAAAACAGAAUUCUAAAUUUCUUAACUUGACUGUGGAACGUGAUCCAUUCUCAUCACCAUGGAAACUAAAAAUGAUGAAAAUUCCUCACCAUUGGUUGCCAGGGGCACAGAUGAGACAGACUUUGCAUCCCCAUGCCAACAGAGACUGGAAUUUGAUCGCAAUCAACGCAUUGUUUGAGCCGAAUUUUGGGCUACUGUGCAUGUUACUGCACAUGUCUACAAGGCCAUUUACUGUGAUUACGUCGCCAACAAGUGACCUGUCAAGAACUCACUCAUUGAAAUCAGAGUCAAAAAACCACAGAAUAUUCAGAUCAUCAGAUCUUGUCAAAGGAGAAGUACUUGGAAGAGGAUUCUUUGGUCAGGCAAUAAAGGUUACACACAAACGAACUGGUGAAGUGAUGGUUAUGAAAGAGCUUGUCAAAUUUGAUGAAGAGGCUGAAAAGAAUUUUCUUAAAGAGGUGAAGGUAUUGAAAUUAUUGGACCAUCCAAAUGUUCUCAGGUUUAUUGGUGUGCUCUAUAAAGACAGGAGGCUCAAUCUUGUCACAGAACACAUUGCAGGCGGUACACUCAGAGAUAUAAUUAAAGAUGUUAAUAAUGCAUUGCCAUGGUUACAAAGAGUAAUGUUUGCACGUGAUAUUGCUACAGGCUUGGCAUAUCUUCAUUCUAUGGAUAUUAUUCAUCGUGAUCUGAAUUCCCAGAACUGUCUUGUCAGGGAGGACAAGUCUGUGGUAGUGGCGGAUUUUGGUCUUGCUAGAGUGAUGAUAGAGGACAAGAGAUCACCCAGUGAAAAGAAAGCUAACAACCGCAAAGAAAGAAAGAAACGAUACACAGUAGUUGGUAAUCCCUAUUGGAUGGCACCAGAAAUGAUGAAAGGUAAACAGUAUGAUGAGAGCGUAGAUAUAUUCUCAUUUGGUAUUGUCAUAUGUGAAAUAAUUGGACGUGUAAACGCCGAUCCAGACUACUUGCCAAGAACCCCAGAGUUUGGUCUCAAUGUGGAAGUAUUCAAGAGAAAAUUUUGCCAGGAUUGUCCUGAGCCUUUUAUUCGAAUUGCUGAACUUUGUUGUGAAUUGGACGCUGAUCUCAGACCCACUUCAGAAACAUUGUCUAAAUGGUUAGACAGUCUGGCAUUCAAUAUGGAAAAUGGCAGUGAACUCACAUCGCUAUUGGAGAAGUUAAUACCAAAUGCACAAGUAUCACAACCUCCAUCCAGCCUGACAACAAUAAAUGAAUCCAGUACUGCUGGUUUAGUGGAUUUUUCAUUCACAAUAAAUGUAGCCUGCGUACCCACUCCCAGUUAG